GGGCCCUGCAGAACGGCAGAGGAGCGGCUUAUUUUUUCUUUAAAAUGGGAAGAUCGAAAUUUAAGAAGAAGAUACGACAAGGAAAAUCGACAAUAAAAAUAACUGAAGAGUCGACAAAUACAAAAGUGCCAAUAUAUAAUUUGCCAGAAAAAUUUCUCUGGAUGCAUGUGAAGGGCGGUACAAAAAUCAGAAACGUUCUUGGCUAUGCGCUGAAGGAAUUUUCCAAUUACAACAGUAUUGUCUGGACUGGAACCGGAAAUGGCAUCGCAAAAACAAUUUCUUGUGCAGAGAUCUUUAAAAGAAAAUACGAAGGCCUUCAUCAAGUAACAAAGCUAUGUUACGUCAGCUCGGAAAAGUCGAAAGAGGAUGUUGCUAAGACUCAUCGGAUACCGGAAAUCCAUAUUUUACUGACUAAGGAUAUUAAAGACAUAACUGAACUUGGAUAUCAAGCACCUGAAGAUAGUGGAAAAUGUCUGACAAUGAGAAAUGAAAGUGCAGCAGAAUCAAAAACGAUGACUACAACAGAAAGCACUGAUGACACGAAAAUGGACACUACAAUAGAAAGCACUAGUGUCGGGAAAAUGGACACAACAGAAAGCACUGGUGAUGCAAAAAUGGAUACUACAACCAAAAGUACUAGUGAUGUGCCUUGCAUCGACGAACAAUCCAGAACAAUGAAAAAAAAUAAGAAAAAUAAAAGAAACAAGACGACAAAAAAUUCGUACGAUAAAAAAAUCAUGUGUUCACAAAUGCGUGAAGAUAUUACUUUUAUAAGCUGA